AUGACGAUUUUUCGCUGGAUUUUUGGAUAUUUUUUCGGAUUUUGCAGCACCGCUGGCCGUAUCAAGGCGGGAAACGAGAAGGAAGUCGAGUUUAAGAAACGAAAAAUCGUCAAAAAUCAGCCGAGAAAUCAGGAAAAUCAGCCGAAAAUGGAGCCCAACACAAUGCUUGCACAUAUAACCGCCGCCCGUGGCCUCUACAUGAAGAACAAGUCAUCACUGGACGCCUACGCUACAGUAACCCUACAAGGAAAAGGAUCAUUGCGGAGUCGAUGUUCGACGGAUGUACUGAAUACAGAAGGAGAAUGUCGUUGGGAUGAAGUUUGUGAAUUCAAACUCUCGGACAAGUUCAACUCGGUGGUGGUUGCAGUUCACGCCAAGGCAAAGCUCGGUACAAAUGAGCUCAUCGGCCGCUGUGAGCUCGAACUCGAGAAUGCAAAGAUGCUCCACGGACAAACGAAUUGGCUCCGCCUUAAAAAGAAGACAAACGACGAGAAAUAUCGAGGAGAAGUACAGAUUAAGCUCGAGUUCAACUACGAGAAGCCAUCGAUGAGUGUUAGCUCAUUGUCGUUAAAUCAGAUUGGAAAUGAGCAAGAAAAGUCUUCCAGUGGUGGCGGUGGCCUAAUGUCGAAAAUGAAGCGAAAAAUCACACAAGCCAAAAAUGGACACAAAAAGGCCGAAGAUACAAUGUCAAUGGCCUCUGCGUGGUCCGCUACGAGCAAAAAAUCGACAAUUUCCACAAAAUCUGGCAAAUUUUUCGGCAAAAUUGGCUCCAAACUGGGCCUAAAGGAUAAGGAGAAGCCGCUGCCAGUUGGAACAUUCCUCACGCCGAUGGAUAAUCAUUUGGAUGGAGGAGGAAAUGAUUAUGACUCGACGGGACGGGGAACUAGCCGGAAUUCUAGCUUCAACGCCUACGACACAUCAGCCCAGAACAAUGGUCCAUCCCGUCCUCCAUCGUCAUUUUCGUCCAAUCAGAAUCCAUUUGCCGAUUCCAUUUCACCAGAAGCUCCACAAGCUCAGCCAGUUGCAGCCGCCCGUCGCCAGAGCACAACCACGCCGACUGGAAGAUUUGGUGGAAUUGGAGCAAUUACCGGAGCAGCCACGUUGCCCCAUGCGAUGACGUCACCUGUGAUGGCUCACGACAUGUUCCACCGAUCGGGAAGCAUUCGAUCUACGGCCUCAAGCGGAUUUGGCGGCUCUCAGAAGAAUCAACGAAAGAUCAUUGAUCCGAGCAACUCUGACGAUCUACUUGCAGUUAUUGAUAGUCUGAAGUUGGAGCUUCAGGUUAAAGAUUCGAGGAUGAAGGAUAUGCAGGGCUAUAUGGAUUUGUUGAUUUCCCGUGUGAUGGAACGAAAUCCGGAACUGCUGGCCGCCCCCGCAACCAAUCAGAAGCCCAGAAUGCGAUUCUUCUAAUUUUUUCCAUAUUUGUUCGAUUUUUUUUUCCAAAUUCUCUUUGCCCCCCGAAACUCAUUCCUCCAGCAGCUGACUUUACUGUGUACAAAAUGUAUUUUUUCGAAAAAAAACUUUUUUUUCUCAUUUUCUGAGCCAAAGACCCCCCCCCCCCUCUUCAUGUAUCUUCCAAUAUCGAUUUUUUUUUAAAUCUGGUCACUUUUUUCUAUUUUUCGCUAGAUUUAGACCUUUACCCCCCAUUCCGACAAACGUGUAGAAUUCCCAAUUUGACCCCAGUUACCCCCUCCCAGUAAUUUUUAAAAUUUCCUGUGCAACUAUCCUUAUCAAUCAUCUACUUAUCACUAAAGCUCUGUGUCAAAUUACGUUUUUUUAAUUGAUUUUUGCACUGAUUUUCUGGCAAAAUUUCGAAUUUCGACUUUUUACACUAAGAAUUUCGAAUUUUUAAUGUAAA